AUGAGCGCCAUGAACGACCUUUUCGAUGACGAGCUCCGCACCAACGUGCUCACCGACCCUUCAUUGUUUCUCGACAUUGAGGAUGACGACGAGAAUGUGACGGUGUCGGACGCGCUGCCAACGCCAACAGUCUUCCUCAAACUUCCGCAGGAGCAUCAGCAGAGCGAGGCGUCAUUGACCACAAGUGGGCAAGGAAACGGCGUGCCAAAGCUGGACGUCACGGCGCUUAACAGCUUUCCGCCUCAGUCCAGCCAGCACCCCAUCUCUGGGCUCAUAGCACCGGCUGCGUCGAAGUCGCCGAUAUCCUUCUCGAAUGACCUUAAUCUGGACCACCCCCCCGCCGAUGCCCUCAUGAAGGGGACGGCGCACUCCUCGAGUCAGGCAUCGUCACCGAAGAAUACGUCGCAGAGCCUCUCGUCCGUUAAUGUGUACGCCAACAUCGCCAAUUCACCGCUCUGCGCGCGCUCGCUGCCGUUCCGUGACUUUUUGAACCAAAAGUCGGUACCGCCGCACAUUGAGAAUGAGGAGUCCACUGGCAUCUUUGUGGGCCAGAUUCCCAGCAGCUACGCAGAGGAAGACAUCGAGGCCCUCUUGAAAGCGAUUGGACAUGAGCGGGGAAAGAUGGUGCAGGUGCGCGACGUGAAGUGCCAUAACCGUGACCGUACUUGUGCGUUCAUCAUGAUCAACGCGGGCGCCCUCACGGCCAUCUUGGACUUUACAAAGCGUGUGCUUUGCGAUCUCAACUGUGUGUGGAUUGUGGAGCACAGCCAGGCCGCCCAGCUGCCUUUGUUCAUUCAACAGAUGCCCCGCGAGCAGCUGCGUGGGGUGCCGAAGGCUGCUCUGGUCCUCGAGAAGCUGACUCCGCAGUCCAAGUCACGGCACUCAAGCAGCAAGUCCAACGUGACUACGAGCCCGAACACCGGAUACGUCCCGAUGCAAAACGGUUUGAUGAGCCCAAUGCAGCAGAGCAUGGUGAACAUGGUACCCCCAACCGUGUUCGUCCAGCAGCAGGGCACCGGCGCAUCGGCUGCCCCUGCUGCUGGUUACCUUGACGUGUCGGCGCUUCAGGCCACGUCUCCUUUUGUCGGCACCAACUUCGUCCAAGCAGCCCACGGGAACGGUCUUCCGCAGUUCUUCGACACCAGCAGGUUUCAGCCUGGUGCGCCCACGGGCACCGUCUUCUCAACCAGUGGUGUCGCCCCCUGCCCCAGCUCUGUAUAUGCGAUGCCGGUAAGCAACAACGGUAUCGCCAACAUAGAGGUAGCGAAUCAGAUGUUGCUUGCCGCACCACGUUCCUUUGCCGAGUUCAAUAGCCAUCAGCUCAACAGGUUCCCGCCAUCUCCGCUACAAAAGGAGUCAAGUGCGCCCCCGCCAAAGCCGACCAUGGUGACUCUACAGCCGACCCUUCAGUCUGAGCACUGCAGCUGUGGGCAGAUGCUGCUCCUUUCUCAGUAUCUGGAAAUGGGUACUUGUGCCAAGUGCCAGUGCGUCAUCUCGCCGAAUGAUGUCGCCUACUGGUGCGUGUCAGGCCACAUUGCGGUGUGUGCGAACUGCGCCAUCAAGUCGAACAAGGCUCCAAGCGGACAAGACACGACUGGGCGGGGAAUGUCCACGGAUUCGAAGUCGAAGCAUAUCGAUGCGGGUGUCACGAGGCGUGCCAUUAGUUGA